AUGUUUCGAAGAUCGGUAGUGUCGGAUGGGACAGCCACUGGCCAAGGUCCUGCUGAUGACAAUUGCUUUGGUAAAGAAGUGGGGAUCAAGAAGAAAUCGAAGGUCCCUGGGGUGAUGAUAACACAGUUUGUUGAGACCCUGCCAGAGGGAAAGAGCCAUCCAGACUUCACCCGCAAGCCAAUUGCUUUGACCAUCCAAGAGGGAAAAUUUGCUUUUUUCAAAGCCAUUGUCACUGGAGACCCAACGCCAUCAGUAGCAUGGAGCAGAAACAACGGGGAUGUGUCUGAUACAUCCAGAUACCAGACUAAAUUUGAUCCAAAUUCCAAUGAGCACACAUUUGAGAUGCCAAAUGUAAUGCCGGAUCAAGCUGAUACCUACAAAUGCUUUGCAACUAAUGAAUACGGACAAGCCACGGUCACAGUUGUUCUGAAUGUUAUUGCAGUGGGUUACAAAAAGAACAAAGAGCCACAACCAGCAGCUGAAGCUACAGAUGGGAAUUUUAAGAAAGUAUUAAAAAGGAAAAGUAAGAUCCGUCCAAAAUCUGAGCAGGGUGAGCGAAAAGAAGGAGAGAUUGACCCUAAGUUUUGGGAGCUCUUACUAAGUGCUGAUAAGAAAGACUAUGAGAGAAUCUGCGCAGAGUUUGGAGUGACUGACUUUCGCUGGAUGCUAAAGAAACUCAAUGAAAUGAAGAAGGAAAGAGAGGAAGAACAAGCUGCGUUUGUCAAAAGCCUCUCUAACCUGAGACCUAUUCAAGUCAAUGCAGAUGGCACAGCGUCGUUUGAGAUUGACAUGGAUCUCAUCGACCCAAGCAGCUCAAUUUUUCUGUACAAGGAUGGAGAAAUGGUGCCAUACACAAAGGAGUUGGGGGAAAAAAUGAAGCACAGCCUUAAACAAAUUGGGAAGAAGUAUAUUUUCAGUAUGAGAGACCUUCUGCCUGAUGAUGCUGGACUUUACCAGCUUGAUGUAGAAGAUGUAAAUAUGUUUUCCACUGAUUUUAAAAUUCCAAUGGUGGAUUUCUUGGUGAAAAUUCAGGAAGUGAAGGCCAAGGAGAGAGAAGACGCUGUUUUUGAAUGUGUCCUGUCAAAUCCAUUCUCCAAGAUUAUGUGGUUUGGCAAGAAUUUACCACUUGAACAAGGGGAAAAAUAUGAUAUUGAGGUUUCAGAAGACAAACUCAUUCACCGGCUUGUUGUCAAAGACUGCAUGGUGGUGGAUAAAGGAAUUUAUUCUGCCUGUGCAGGAAUAAAAUCUUGCAAUGCAUGGCUUGUCGUUGAAGCUGAUAAAGAUGCUCCAAAGGGCAAAAAAACAGCAAGGAAGACAACAAGGGCGGGUGGCUCUGGCAUGGAUCUGCAGAGGGUUGCUCAAGAGCAACAGGUAAAAUUAGAGAAGCAGAGAGAGGAAAUAAAAGAACAGAUUCAGCUUGCAAAAGAAACUGCAGCAGUUGAAACACCUCCAGCUCCUGCACCAGCUGAGGCUCCAGCACCAACUGAAGCUCCAACUAAACCUGAAGCACCUAAAGAUCCAGAACCAGAACCUGGAAUUACCUGUGGGCUAUCGGAUAUUUAUUGUCUUCGUGGACAGCCAGCUGAAUUAGUGGUUAUGAUGAAUACAGACUGUGAGGGCACAUGGUUCAAAGAUGGAGAGCAGUUAAACUCAGGCAGUGGGGUCAUCAUAACCAAAGAUGGAACUUCUCACAAACUGACAAUUCAAAGCUGCAAAGAUGAUGACUCUGGAGUUUAUCGUUUUGUAUCGGGGGAACUAAGUACCCAGGGGAAGGUCACAGUUGGAGAUGUACCAGAAUUUGACCCUGAUGACCUCCACAAGUUCUCCAAGCCUGUGAUCAUAAGAGUGGGCCAGAAUGCUGCUUUUAAGAUGCCUUUUCCUCCUCAGGAGUCUUUGGUUGUCAGCUGGUUCAAGGAUAAUACUGAGAUCAAAGAUGGAGGAGGAGUGAAAAUUGUAAGGGAGCCAAAUCACAGUCGGCUACUGCUCAGAGACUGUCUGCGGACAGAUGCAGGGGAAAUAAAGAUCCAACUUAAAAACCCCUUUGGAUUUGUGGAGGCCACUUCUCAGCUUAUUGUGCUUGAUCGGCCAGGUCCACCAGAGGGUCCAGUGGAGAUUGUUGAGUCGACCUCAUCUUUAAUUGAGAUAAAAUGGAAACCUCCUAAAGAUGACGGAGGCUCAGCUGUCACCAACUAUAUCAUAGAGCGCCAGCAGACCGGUCAGAGUCUGUGGACAAAACUUGGAGAUGUCUCAGCUGACAAGACCUCCUUCAGAGAUAGGAAUGUGACACAUGGAAAGAAAUACAACUACCGUAUCUAUGCAGAGAACCCUGAGGGCUUGAGCGACGCCCUGGAGACAGCUGAUAGCAUUAUGGCUGGCAUAAUGAUACUCUCUGGACCACCUGGUGCCCCGACUGUGGUGAGUGCCUCAAAGACCUGCAUCAACUUGACCUGGACCCCUCCAGAGGAUGACAGAGGAGUACCAAUCAUUGGUUACCAACUGGAAAAACGGAAGAAGGACACAAAUCAGUGGAUUACCCUGAAUGCCCUAAAUGAACCCAUAGAAGAUGUUAAGUACGCAGUUAAAGAUGUCACUGAAGGAGCAGAGUAUGAGUUCAGAGUUUCAGCUAUAAAUGAGUCAGGAGCAGGAGAUCUAAGCCCCCCCUCUGCAAUGGUGUGUGCAAAGAAUCCCAAUAUGAGACCUUGUUUUAAAGAUCCAGAGGACUUUAUUGUUGUUAGAGCUGGGAAUUCUGCACGUGUUAAAAUUUGUUAUGAGGCUGAACCUCCUCCUGAGAUCACUUGGUAUAAGGAUGAUGAGCCACUAUCUCCAUGGAUUAAUGUCAUCAAUACAGAGGGAGUGUCUCAACUUGUUAUCCCCUCAUCAAAGCGUUCAGACUCAGCCAUAUACACUAUCAGAGCCAAAAACUCGGUGGGUGAGGCUUCAUUCGACAUUGAGGUUAGAGUGACAGAUGAACCAAAGACUCCAGGACCAGUGGAGCUGGAGCAAACAGUCCAAGGAAAAGUGUUGGUAUCAUGGGCUCCCUCUCCAGACCAGGAGCUUGAUGACCGUCUGUAUUACAUGGUGUCUCAACAUGACUCCAACGCCAGAGUGUGGAAGACUGUGGCAGACCGCCUCUUCUCUAACACAUACACUGCCAACAACAUACUUCCAGGAGUAGAGUACCAUUUUCGAAUCUAUGCCAAAAAUGACAUGGGUCUUUCUGAUCCAUCUCAGUCACCAACAUGGGGUGUCAACAGCAACAGAGUUCAAAUUACCUCGAAUGGAGUUAAUUCAUCAGGGGUUUGCUUCGAAAGGCCUCCAUCCAUUCUGGUCCCUCUCAAAGUCCACACUCCACCAAAAGGUUACCAGCUGUACAUGACUUGUGCUGUCAGAGGAUGCCCUACACCUUCUGUAUCCUGGUAUCUAAAUGGCACCUGCAUAAAUUCAGACAACAACUACUACAUUACCAACUCAUUUGGUGUGUGCUCCAUGUACAUCCUGAGAGUCCGAUCCCAAGACAGUGGUGAAUAUAAGGUUGUUGCAGUCAACUCUCUUGGCCAGGCAGAGUGCUCUACAAAACUUAUUGUCAAAGAUUAA